CGGGCAGACUAUCCAUUGUCACACAAUAGGCGGGCUGAUGGCGGUGAUCCUCGACUAGAAACUAUGCGUUGCCCUAAGCUGAUGCAUAAAAGGAGGGUAUGAAGGGACUCAUUGUUCAUGCUCUCUCACGUCUUGAAACAGAAGUCCAGACUCCGUCGUUCCUUCGCGCCUCAGACCAAGAACAAGCCGGACGAUUGUAGACUCAGCCAUGAGCUAGUAGAAGUCGCGUGCGAGCAAGAAGGCGAAGACAUCUCAUGGUAUCUCAUGAUUGAGAGUCGAUCUGUUUACCCGAACGAUCGUCCUGUUCUCAAACGUCCACCUAGGAAGCGUUCAACCACGUUAGCCUCGCUCCUCAACGUCUCUCAGGCGACUGAUGCACCCCCAUGCGUGUACCCGCUAUGGGACGGUCCCGUCGAAGAGCCCAUCGUUCCUCGCGCCCACCUUCCGGAAGACGCCACUUCCGCGGUCCCUACUCCCCUGAUUUUCUGCGACAAUUUGUCCUCAUUCAGCAAAAUCGCGGAAUGGCGGUCUCACCAAGACGACGACGCCAUUUCGGAGGUGUUGUCCCUCCUGCCCUCCGAGAGGCCUGAGCUACACGCUCGGGACUCUAUGACUCCUCUCCUGGUCCAUACCCCCGAGACGCUCGAGAGCGAGCUGCCUAUUACACCGCGAUUUGUCAAUGUUGUACCUUCACCAGAGCGUUCUCCGAAGAAGCUCGAGGUUCCUCGAACGCCGUCUCUCGUGAAGCGUGUGUCGAAGAAGGCGCGUGGGAUGGCCCAGAAACUCGUCCCCGGUUCGUCUUCAAAGCGACCACCGAUGAACAUCAACAAAUCUCUACCCGCUGUUCCCGUCUGCACCCUCGUCGAUUACUACGAGCCUGCGCGUCCUCAGGGCACCACAGACGCCGACGCCCUCCAGGAACUCCUUUCGACCUACCCUGCAUUCCCUCCUGCCUCAAAACCCGACGAUGGCUCAGAGCCGCAUCUGACAUUCAGAGGCCGCAAGUUCUUCCCAAAGUGCGACAUCGGUUACGGCGGCUUUGCUGUCGUGUGGGCUGGUGUGACGGACGAAGGGGAAGAGAUCGCGAUCAAGGUCAUACACAAACCGCUCGUGGUGAUGAACGCAGGAAAGAGCCUCGACACGGCAAUCAAGCAGUUGGAGAACGAGUGGGCGGCUUUGCAGAUGGUUACGGAGGCGGCGUCGCCGUUCUAUGCGGACCUGCUGUACUCUUUCGAAGAUGGGGAGAACAUAUAA